CUUUCUCUCUCUCUCUCUCUCCGCCCCCAUCUCCCCUCCGCGCGCGCCUUUACCUUCUCGCCACAGGCUUCCCUCUUUCCUCCUACGUUACUCGCCUCAGCGGGCGGGAAGCAAGUUCGCCUCAGCACGGCUGGAACGUGCAGCCCGACACGACUCCGUGGUGAGAUAUAUCAAAUGAAGAGACGUAACAGUUAAGAAAUACGUCUAGGCUAACAAGUUUGGCAGAUGUGUUUUGCUAAUGGGUGUUAGCAAGCUAGAUGUGUUGUAUAGGCGCCUUCUUCUCACUAAGCUUUUUAUUCAAGGAUGGGGAAGACCAGAAGACUUGAAAAGAAUAUUUGAAUUCAGAAAGAUUAUUGGAAACAGGGAAAAAUGUAAGAAUCUGGUUUCAAGCGACUAUCCAGUGCACGUUAACAAGGUUGAGGAACAAUCUGACUGUAAGAUCCUUGAUGGGCACUUCAUUUCCCCCUUGGCUCAUUAUGUUCCAGAUAUCAUGCCAUCAGAAUCCAUCACAGCAAGGUUUCAAUUUAUAGUACCAAAGAGAUGGAACAGCAAAUACAGACCUGUGUGCAUUCAUUUAGCGGGCACCGGAGACCAUCACUUUUGGAGACGACGCACUUUAAUGGCCCGUCCAAUGGUUAAAGAGGCCUGUAUGGCUUCACUGUUAUUAGAAAAUCCUUAUUAUGGAUGCAGAAAACCUAAGGAUCAGGUAAGGUCGUGUCUAAAAAAUGUCUCUGACCUUUUUGUGAUGGGAGGCGCUCUUGUGCUAGAAUCAGCAGCUCUUUUGCAUUGGCUAGAGAGAGAAGGCUAUGGACCCCUAGGGAUGACUGGAAUAUCCAUGGGAGGACAUAUGGCAUCAUUAGCUGUGUCAAAUUGGCCUAAACCAUUGCCAUUAGUUCCUUGUCUCUCCUGGUCUACAGCCUCUGGUGUUUUUACUACGGGAGUACUGAGCAAAGCAGUGAACUGGAGAGAACUAGAAAAACAGUAUUAUGCUCACAGUGUUUAUGAAGAAGAAAUAAUACAAAUGCUUGAAUAUUGUGGAACAGAUUCAUUCAAGAUGGGACAAGACUUUGUUAAAAAUUCCCCCAGCAGUGUGGACAGCUUGAGCAACCUGGAUCUGAAUUCCAGUAUGCUGAACCUGGAUAUCAGAAGCAAAGUUGUGUCUUCAGAAGCUGGCUACUGCCUUAGCACUAACAAAAGUACUCUAAGUGCCUCAGCGGAAGGACUGUUAGUGCAAGAGACACCAAACAUGCAGUGCAAAAACCAGACGUUUUCAACCAGCAGCAGUAGCAAUAAGGACUUUUCCAGUGAGCAGAAGCAUCUGAUAAGUGGAAAAAGUGACAGUUUACAAAGAGAAUCUCUGAGGUUCAUGAAAGGGGUGAUGGAUGAAUGUACCCAUGUAGCUAACUUUUCAGUUCCAGUUGACCCGACAAUGAUCAUAGUUGUUCAAGCCAAGGAGGAUGCUUAUAUUCCAAGAACUGGUGUGCGUGGCCUUCAAGAAAUAUGGCCAGGAUGUGAAAUCAGAUAUUUGGAUGGAGGCCAUGUUAGUGCCUAUCUCUUCAAACAAGGAUUGUUCAGACAAGCCAUAUAUGAUGCAUAUGGACGCUUUCUUCAGAAAUAUGCUGUAUAGUCCUGUCCUGUUGAGCUGCUCUCUGUAGUCUUGUUCUGAACUCCUUUUAUGUGGAAUCUUGUGUUAACAUCAAGUGGAGAACAAGCUUAUUAUAGGUUCAAUUAAAAGUCACCAAAUGGAUGCCAAUUCAACAGUGAUGCAUACAUAAGGACGUAAUCAACAAGGGUUGAUUUCAGACUUGCAUUAGUCACAGCUAUGACCAUUUCAGCACAAUUUUGAGAGUGUAUGUGAAGUCUGCAAAAUAUACUGUUUUUGAAAACUAACUUUAUUUGAAGAGUACACAUACCCAUUGAAGAGAGUCCAAUACAAUAUUGACAGCUGUUUAAAUUUGGUUUUCUAUAAAUUUCAUCUAACUUCUUGCCCCUGAAUGUCAUUAGGAAUUCAAAGAUACAGUAUUAAGAGAGCACAACAACAACUUUUACAGAGAGGAGAUGAAUUGGGCUCACAAUUAACUAAACAUCUUGAAAGUGGGUUUUUAUUAGAAAUUUUCUGAAGAUUGUCUGUGCCAACUCUAAUUCAGAGGGUGGUCAGAUUUAGACCCAGCACCCACAAUCUGCAGUGCCCCCUAGCCCACUUUCAUUUGUUUCAGAUUGAAGAGCAGAUGACACACUGCUACUCUUCUGUGCCCCAUCAUUAGUUCUAAAAGGAAAAUUAUUUGCCUUAUUUUAAAAUGGGAUGUGUGAGAGAGGUGCAUACUUUUAUCCAGUACAAAUCAUAAACUGUUAAGUGGUUGAAUUGCUCAUGUGAAAUGAAAAUAAAAAGUAUGAAGCCUUCUAUAAAUGUUGCAUGCAUUAAUAUUAAUGUUUUAAUAAAUCUUGGAUUUCUUGAAGAGCAUUUCUCUUAGAAACUAUUCCACCUCAUAUUGCACUUGCAAAAUAUUUUAUACUAUAUUUUGUUUCUAGCAUUAAUUUCUAUACUAACUGAUUCAUAAAAAUUCCAAAUUCUUUCUAUCGUAGUGGAAUAUUGUUUCAGUAAAAUGGAGAGGUGGUUGUCUUCUCACAAUUUUAAUGAUAAAAGUUACUCUUUAGAAUACUGAUUUUAAACCUAUUGGGUUCCAUCUGGAGAAGUGUGAGUAGAACUCUGCUUGAGCUUUCCUGGCUUCUCCAUGCAGCAACCCUGUGUUCCCAAAUCACUCCUGUGGGCCUCUGGAUUGGCAUGGGAUGGGGCACUCAGAGCUGCAUCAGGAUAAGGAAAUUCCCAGAAAUGGGAGAAUUUGCCUGGGGUAAACAGAUGUGUCUUUCUACUGGUGCAAGUCAUAAAGUAAUGAAUACUAGAUGUUUUCUCUUUAACUUUUCUAAGAAUGCACAACUAAAGAUUAUGCACAAAAAUACCACUGCAUUUCCUUUGAAUAGUAGUGGGGAAAAUAUGUGCUGUUCUUUAAAUUGGAUAAAAGCUUUUUGAAAUGUGCUAGAGGAUUUGCCUGAUUAAUUGCUGCAAUCAACCUGGGAUUAAACCCCAUUGAACCUAAUGGGAUUUUUGAGUGCACAGGAUUGCACUUCAAGACUUUAAAAGUUGUAUGGAACAACUUCUUUGAAAGAACCUAAGCCUGAGGUGUAACCCUGUCAAAUUCAAAACUUAAGCUGAAUUUCCUAACCUCUCUGAACAUUUUAUACUGAAUCCACUUCAAGCAGAAUCCCAGAUUUUAAGGUCUGCAACAAUGCUAAUAUCUUGUAAAGAAAAGGCACAUUGUUUCUUGACAAAUAGCUCGGAAGUUAAAUUCAUGGGGAGCUUUAUUAUUAAAAUGCUUAUUAUACAUUUAAAGUCCAGCGAACUCAUUCCUCCGAUGUUUCUCAAAAUAUUGUUCCAGAAACUAUACCCAUAUGACUAUGCUUACCUUCUACUGUUGGACUGUCCCUGUUCUUUAGGCCAGGAUUCUGAUGCAUCAGUACCAGCAAAAUCUGAUUGGCUUGAAAGAAUUUGAAAACACUAUCUCCCACAAAUUGUAAGAUUUUUCUGAUGGCACAAAAAUAUAUAUUCGUAGAUUAAAACAUUAGCCUAUCAAAUCUCCAACAGAAGCAUCAACAUGCUUCUAUAUCUGACUUAGGGGAAUUCUAUGGCUCCUAGACAGUGUUUGAAGGAUCAUAGGCUAGUUAAGAUUCCCAGAUCUGAGGCUGAAGACAGCACUCUGAUCUUGGAGCUGGGAAUCAGAGCUGCUCCCCCCCCCUUCCCCCGCAGUCGGUGCAGAAAGGACCAUGCCAGCUGCUCUCUGAGGUCGGUAACUACCUCAGGAUGAGGGAAGGGGGCAUUUUGGUGGGAUGGGAGGAUACUGGAAUGGCCAGGAAACGAGCUAUCCUAAGGCCUUUCCAGCUUUUCCACUCCAUCUGAGAUGCUUUCACUGGAUGGGCAAAAAGGCCGUCUAGCAAAAAUGCAAGGUGGGAGGAAUGGCGGAGGUGAAGAUCACUUCUGCCAUUUCUCUUGCCCUGCAUAGGAUGACCAUAAGCCUCCAAGUUCAGUGUCUUAUAGUUAUUGCCAUAAGAUUGCACCCUUAGAGGUCUAGGUAUCAACAAACCUAAGAUUCAUUAUAUAAAGAAGACUGUUGUGUGUAUUGCAAAUGUCUUCAAACAGACAAAAUUACUUUUUUCUUUCAAGGACUAAAAUACAGUCUUUUGUUGGCAAAAAAAAAAAAAAAAGCUUAUGCGGCCUUACUGUGUUCAGGUGUCUCUAAUACUCUAACCUAGCACAUUUCUUUUUUUAAAGGAGUUACUAAUGGUGUCAUAAUGUUGAAUGAAAAUCUUUAAAUAAAAAUGAGUUUUAAAAUUCUGUAAUUUUCCCCCAUUGCAUUUUAUACUUUCUAAUAAAAAGCUUGCAAAAAUGCCUAA